AUGAAGGUGGAAACAGCCGAAGAGAGCUAUGGCGGAACGAACUACAGUCAUACCUUCUCUUUGCACUCUGUCAGCCAAGUCAUGCCUUCCCGCUUCAUCGAAGAUACCCAGGUAAUCCGAGUCACGGGCAAGAUGCAGCAUAGCCGUUUCAAUAACGAUCUGGAUUUCCUGCAGCAGUCCGGCUUUGUCAAGACGUGCGGCUACGACUACCCUUUCAAGUCACGAAGAUGCAGGCCGAGUUCUGCGUCGACUUACGCCAAACUCCUGAAAACCCGCCACCCCAAUGACACGAGCGUGAUCGUCAUUCAUACUGGCCUCAAGGGGGACAAGGACAAAUAUGUCCUCGAGGAAAUGAGUGCGGAGAAGUACGAGACGUUGGAAUCAGAUGUCAGGGGGAAGGGAGGUCAUGUGGGGCCGAUGAGAUAUUCUACGCGGGGCCAUCGAGGUCCCCCGCUAAAUCCAGACUGGACUUUGGAAGAGCAAAAGUUCUACAGGUCGGCCCUCAGCGGCCGGGGGAGGAAUGACAGGAGGAGGAUCUCCGAAGCACUCAGAGUGCAGUUCAACGAAGCAGCGGAAGCUCGCGCCCAGUGGCUCAAAAUGUCGGUGGUUGACGGAAAGCCCUUGAUGACCAGCGGAACGAAUGGACCUGGCGAUCUUCCGCUUGGUGAGCAUUCCGCAGAUCUUCACCCACACGUCACUGCGGCAUCGUCGGACCUCUUCGAUGUCUCCCAAAUCGGAGGUUUCUGGACAGAGUGCGGAACGACGAGCUUUGGUACGAACAUGGAUCACAUGUCUUCGGAUCAGCUUGAUCAUCUCCUGGUCGGGCGUGGGGACAUGGAUCUGUUCCCUACCGACCUCACGAUGAACUGGGACGGGCUUUCUCCGCCGGAGGCCGGCGGCCUUUGGAACAAUUGGGAUUGGAGGGGAAUGGUGUAG